AAAAAACUAUUUACUAUCUCUAUGCACAUGGGAAAAAAUCUUAAGCAAUUAUAACCCGAUACAAUUUAUUUAAAAAAAAUUGUGUUGGUCGUAUUCGAAUUAAAUAAAAGAAAUGGAAGAAUACGCCCGAGAACCUUGCCCAUAUAGAAUUGUAGACGAUUGUGGGGGUGCUUUUGCUAUGGGAUGUAUUGGAGGUGGAGUGUUCCAAGCUAUUAAAGGGUUUCGUAAUGCACCUGCUGGCAUAAACAGAAGAUUGAUCGGAAGUAUAAUUGCAAUAAAAACUCGUUCACCCGUUAUCGCAGGCAAUUUUGCUGUGUGGGGUGGUAUGUUUAGUACUAUCGACUGUACACUCGUUCACUUUAGGAAAAAAGAAGAUCCAUGGAACUCCAUCAUAAGCGGUGCUGCAACUGGAGGAAUUUUAGCUGCAAGAAAUGGUACGGAAUUGGUUAAUUUAUGUCAAAAAAAAAGCCAUGUAUUUUUUCAUUGAUUAUCUUUUUUCCAAUUUAUAACCUUUAAAUCGUUUAGUCAGCCUCAUUUCGUAAAAUAUUACACCUACACUUAAAUUAACUACUACACCUUAACGUAAAAAGAUUUGGGUAUUCCUUUAAUAACAAUCUCUGAAAUGUUGAAAUUCGGUCAGCUUUUCUAUACAAAUUUAACUGACUGAAAUUUAAACAGUUCGGCAAUCCAGAGCCUGCUGAAUAUUUUGUUGUAUUUCUAAAAAAUCAGGGUAGUCGCUCUUUCGCAUGGCGAAUGAAACACUGGUUCUAACAUAUUUCUAAAUAAAGUUGUUUAGAUAAUUCAUAGCAUGUUAGUUCGUAUUUCCGCUUUUCCUAGGCAAAGCUAAGCUAAGACAAACUUAGCUUGGGCAAAAACAGCAGCUGGAACAGCUGUUUAAUGAAACAGCUGUUUGACGAUUUCAGCAGGAAACACUUU